CCAUUUUUCUUAUUAGUUUCUUUUAAUUUCCAUGCAGUGUGAAAAAUAACAAUGAAGUCAGUAAAGGUUAACCACCUUCAGUACAAAGAUCUCCAAAUACCUGUUCCAUGGGGUUUUUUGGCAGCUAAGGUAUGGGGACCUGAUGAUGGUCUACCUGUUUUGGCUCUCCAUGGAUGGCAGGAUAAUGCAGGAUCCUUUGACACACUAGUUCAUCUGCUGCCUGAGAAUACAUGUUUGGUGUGUCUUGAAUUUUGUGGUCAUGGCUGUUCCUCGCAUUACCAUCCUGGAAUGUUUUUGUCCCUGUAUGACCAUAUCUAUCAUGUUAAAUUGGUGAUUGAUUUUUUUCAAUGGGAAAAAAUUACCCUUAUGGGCCACAGUAUGGGAGGUCAAAUAGCAUUGUUCGUUGCCUCCAUAUUUCCCGACAAAAUUCACAAACUAAUCAGUUUGGAUGCCAUUAAACUUCGAUCUUCUUUACCAGACAGUUUUACCAGUGAUAUGAAAGCAGUGAUAAACGAUUUUCAGAGUAUUGUUAGAAAAAUUGAAAAUGUUUCGCGGAAACCUUCCGUCACGACAUACAAUCAGGCGCGUGAGAAACUGGUAAAAAAUUAUUCUGGAUCUGUUGAAGCUGAACACACCGACAUCCUUCUUGCCCGCAGUUUGCGAAAGACGGGCGAAGACGAGUAUGUAUAUACUAGAGACCUGCGCACUGUUAUCCGUCCUUUCCUUUUCAACGAUUUUACAACCGAAAAGCUCAAAGAAAUCGCCAAAGGAAUCAAAUGUCCUUUCUUGUUAAUCAAAGCGAAAUAUUCGAUUACUUCCGUAUCUUCGGAACGAAUUGAAUUACAUCAAGAAUUCCUCGAUAUCUAUCGCAAUGCUAGUUCAGAUUUCCAUUUUGUUGAGGUUAAUGGUACCCAUCAUGUCCAUCUAACUCAUCCUGAAAUGGUCGCACCAUACAUUUGCAAUUUCCUUCGUAAAAAUGUAGAGCAAUCAAAAGACGCACACCAAGAUCCAUAAUAAUUUUCCUAGGGAAAAAGGGUGGGAACGUUGUGGUUAAUUGUCACCGGAAAAAAAUACAAA